AUGGAGAGCAGCAUCAGCAAGUGCCGAGACAACCACCACUGCAGCAACUACAACUGCAGCAUCCUCCACUGCUGCUACAACUGCAGCACUCUCCACUGUAGCAGGUACAACUGCAGCAUCCACCACUGUAGCAUCUUCAACUGCAGUACCCACCACGAUGACUGCAGCACCCACCACUGUAGCACCUUCAACUGCAGCGCAAAAGAGAUUAAAGAUGCUCCUGAUCAUCCUGAUUCAACUCCUGAUCGUCGCAUCAGCAAGUGCCGAGACAACCACCACUGCAGCAACUACAACUGCAGCAUCCUCCACUGCUGCCACAACUGCAGCACUCUCCACUGUAGCAGGUACAACUGCAGCAUCCACCACUGUAGCAUCUUCAACUGCAGUACCCACCACGAUGACUGCAGCACCCACCACUGUAGCACCUUCAACUGCAGCGCAAAAGAGAUUAAAGAUGCUCCUGAUCAUCCUGAUUCAACUCCUGAUCGUCGCAUCAGCAAGUGCCGAGACAACCACCACUGCAGCAUCUUCAACUGCAGUACCCACCACGAUGACUGCAGCACCCACCACUGCAGCAAGUACAACUGCAGCAUCCACCACUGCAGCAUCUUCAACUGCAGUACCCACCACGAUGACUGCAGCAUCCACUACUGA